UGAAGGAAAGAGAGGGGCCUCUUUUUAGGGAUUUUUGGGGCGAUCGAGCGGCCUAGGCGCCAAUGCAGGCCGCUAGCACCGCCUCGGGAUCGCGAUUCUUGGAGCUGCGAUGGAAGGCGAGCAAGGAUGCGCUGGUUCCUGCCGCUGCGCUGCCGAAAAUCUCCAAGAAGCCGAAGGUCUCCGUGUCAUGCAGCUCUGAUUUCUUUCUUUCGGGGCGCGCGAUCGCCAAUGCUGGAGCUCCGGCUGCCGCUGCGAGGAACGGAAGCUGUCGUGGGGAUGGAGAUCGCUCGAGGAAGGUCUGCAUUGUGUGGUUUAAGAAAGACCUUCGCAUGGAUGAUCAUCCGGGGCUGGUUGCCGCCGCGUCCUCGGGAUAUGACGCUGUGAUCCCGCUCUUUGUCUUCGACCCCAUGCUGUUUCGAGGAUGGUCUCAAGACUUUGUGGAGGCGCUCGUGGAGGCGGUGGCCGACUUGAAGCUAGCUCUCCAAGCUGCUGGAUCCGAUCUCGCUAUUAGAGUUGGAAGUGCGCAAGAUGUCAUGUACAAACUAGUCCAUCAGGUCAACCCUCGCGAUGUUUUCACGGAAGAUGAGAUCGAGGAAGGGCCGAGAAAGAUUGUGUGUGAUACAUGGAGCGUUUUGAAAGCAAAAUGCCAGAACGAGCCUGCUUUAAGACAGUGGACAGCAUCACUUCAUGAAAACCAGGACCUGGAAUUCAUUUCCGACGACUAUAGGAAGUACAAAGCCAUGCAAUAUUCUCUGGUUUCUCCUUUAGGGGCGCCUUCACUAUUGCCACCACUUCCAGGAGAUGUGAACAAAGGGAGCAUUCCGGCAGUUGAAGACUUUAUUCUUCUCGUUAAUCAGUCUCAGCUAACAAUUCUGAAGGAAAAGGACGCAGGGGAGACUCUUAUGUAUCUCCAAAGAAGUUCGAGGACAACGAGGAGGCGGCCAUUGUGGCUCAGGAAACUUAAUGCGUGGUUUCCGAAGGUUAUGGCAAACAACCUAUCAGGUGUCGAACACGACGUUUUCGUAGGAUGCGGUGCUACCGACGCUCUACACGCUCUAAGAGCCUUCCUGCAAUUUCCACAGCCUUCAACAUACAAUCGGAGGAUGACGCAGCACUUGCAGAGAAAAAAAGACGUAUCAUUCCGGUCGACCUUUGGCAAAGUGUUAGCCCUGGGGACAAUAUCAUUGAGAAGAAUGCAUCACGAAGCUCUGCUGUAUAGCACGAGCAAAUGGGUUUCAUCUCAAACAGUCACAACUGCGAUAGACGAAGUAAAACUCAUCGAGUGGUACAGCUUACUUCAAAGGAAAACACAAUUGCAGGAGGCUCGAAAUGGCUGGCAAGUGAAGACUUGGAAAUGGCGAGGUUUUCUUAUACAGUAUACUACAUGUGGUGACGAAGGCCCCGCGGUGGUCUUAGUUCACGGCUUUGGAGCUUUUUGGCAGCAUUAUCGGGACAACAUCAGAGAGCUCGCAGGGAAUAAAAACCGAGUCUGGGCCAUUACAAUGCUGGGUUUCGGAAGAUCAGAAAAACCAGGCAUUAUUUAUACAGAGCUAUUGUGGGCUGAGCUCCUGAGAGAUUUUAUCGCCGAGGUUGUUGGCGAACCUGUUGUACUCGUGGGAAAUUCUUUGGGAGGAUAUAUCGCAACUAUGGUAGCUGGCUUUUGGUCUUCUUUAGUAAAGUCGCUUGUGCUGCUAAAUACUGCUGGCAUUGUGGAUCCCAAUUAUGAAUUUGUCGCUAAAGCUGUAAAGAGAAAAGGUAUUCCUCGGGCAAGCUUACAAGUUCUACUUUUUUUUCUGCAGCAGCAAUGUGCUUCGGCUUUCAAGCUUUGUUAUCCUUCCCACAGCGAAAGAGUUGACGAGUGCAUUCUUGGCGAAGCUCUAAGAGCAUCAUUUGAUCCAGGGGCAACAUCUGUACUCGAAAGCAUGUUCUACUUGCGCUUGCCUCUGCCUCUUAACUUUUUGCUUAAUCAGUACGAAGGAAAAACGCUGAUUGUACAGGGAAUCUUUGAUCCGCUGCAAAACGCCUUUAGAAAAGCUCGGGCUCUACAAGCAUGCUCCAAAGACAUCACAGUGAGCAUCGUGAAUGCUGGCCAUUGUCCGCAUGAUGAAGUUCCGGAAGAAGUGAACAGGAUUAUCAGCGGGUGGGUUAAGGAUACAAGUUCGAAGCCAGUAGAUGGACGUGCCAUUACAGGCACGAGAAGAUUCACUCGAACAGAUGUACAACUGGAAGAAGAAUAAUGGAAGGAAGGUUCGAAUAGCUCAAGGUACUCAAUCGAGAUUCGAGAACUUCUAACUACGUAAACAGAUACUCCCGAGAGAGGUGACCAACUAGUUCGUGCUUCCUUGGGCCUUAUCCGUGUUAUUACUUUCAUCACUUUAGUGCUGGCGGGGACCUGCACAAACGUUGAGUGGGUGUCCUUUGGCACAUAAGCUACGUGGGCUGGAGAAUCUUUUGAAUUAUUGGAAUCCCGGAUAGAGUCAGAGGAUUCUACCAACAUGCUGGAGGCAACUAGCAUCAAUGGAUAUGCUCAACUGCGUGCAUCGCAUUUCUCCACUCGGGGAUACUGUUCGACCUGUCUGAAUGGUAGACAUUGACGUCGCGAAACGAGUUGCGGACUAGACAAUAGAUUCCUUGUUUCUGGCCUCACUUCUUGUUCACAGGUCUUUCUUGCUUGAUCCCAUAUGGAACACGAAAUCUCCAACUUUUAUGUCGGAGGUACCGCGUGCUACUACGAAAAGCCAUCACUUUCAAACCUCGAGACAGCAAAGAACCUGUUUCAGCAGCUCCUGGUAAGCCGGAGUGUCGCGGCCGAAGCAAGUAAGAUAUGGAACAACCUGGGCUUCUCUCUGAAAACAAUCGUUGACGGAGAAAUGGAGUUCGCAGUUGUCUCAGAGUCUCCAAAGCACAGGGGACAAGGGAACGGUUUCUACGUCGUGAAGCUUCUUCCGAAGAAACGCCAACCAAAUGCCACGGCGCAGGGGAAUAUCGUUCUACAAGCCAUGCACACUCCUUCGGAUCUUCACAUCCACAAGGUGGCAUUCAAGCUGCUCAUGGAAAGCAGCCUCUUCAUAGCAGCGGCCUGGAACACCACGCACAGGAGAAACGUCGACCUUGGCAAAGAAGCCAUGUCAUAUUUCAACUCGUUCACGGCUGCUGUGGCGAGAAGCUUCCCGAAGCCGAGAAUCAUCCAGCUCCAUGCCUUCGACGCGACCUCUCACAAGAUCAAGGGAGACAUGAUACUCAGCUCCUCCAAAUCACAGGCCUCGGUCGGCGAUGACGAGCAGUAUCAGAGAGUCGUGUCCCGGAUGAGAGCAGAGCUGGCGAAGUUCGUGAUCCUUCACUUCCCAAAGGAUGUCAAAGAGCUGGGUGGUACUCUCAACAUAAACGCCAAAGUUUUCUACGAGAACAAUCCCAGGGGGCUCUUCUUCCACGUCGAGAUGAGCAUGCCUCUGCGGCUGGAUAUGAGAGACAAGCCGGAGGCAAGGAGCGGCUUCAUCCGAAGCUUUCUCUAACACGAAGCCAGCUGGAAGAAUCAUCUUGUAAGCAAUUUGGUCAACAUUUUCGUUGGCCAAUCUAAAAUCACGUGUCCAAGGUUGAUUUUCCUUUCGUUCCUUGUUUUUGUUUGCACUUAUGCAGUACGAGCACGGACCGAGCUAAAGCAUCUUGCUCGAGAACGAAAAUGC